UAAAGUCAUAUGGUGGAGGUAUCUACCGAACAGUCUUCGUUAUGGCGAGUUUAGAGUUGAUUUUGCUGGUGUUGGCCGUUCUUGGUUGCACAACCGCCCAGCGAUGGCAGGUCGUCACGGACGAGCUGGGUAUGCCGCACAUGUUCGGAGAAGGUGAGCAAAGUCCGGAUCUUCACUUCCAACCAGAGCAAGACAUUCGGUUUCUGUUGUACACUCGUGCGAAUCCGGAGGUUCCGCACCGUAUCGCCAACAAUGACCUCGGUUCGGUUACGAGCUCGUACUUCAACGCCAGCCAUCCGACCCGGAUCGUGAUCCACGGUUGGUUAGGUGGGGAGGUGUCCCGGAUAAAUCGGAUGGUCCGGACGGAUCUUCUGGAGCUUGGGGAGUUCAACGUGAUCUAUGUCGAUUGGAGUGCGGCGAAUCACCCGGAUUACCGAGUGUCACGUCGGUUGGUUUAUCCAACGGGAAUCGCUACUUCGAAUUUGAUUGACUUCUUGGCGAGAACCAGCGGCUUAAGGAGGGAUACCGUGGCGAUCGUUGGUCACAGCUUGGGAGCUCACGUAGCCGGUAAUGCUGGGAAAGGACAAAAUGGAAGACUUCCGACGAUUAUCGGGUUGGAUCCGGCUUUGCCGUUUUUCUCCGGAGAAGAUACCAUCGACCGGAUCCGGGAUACCGAUGCGGAGUACGUGGAGAUUAUCCACACCAACGGAGGUGUCAUGGGCUUCAUGGAACCGAUUGGUGACGCUGAUUUCUACCCCAACUGGGGCCGUAUCCAGCCGGGUUGCGGCGUUGACAUCGACGGAGGCUGUGCCCAUGCUCGGGCCGUUGAUUACUUCGUGGAAUCCCUGUGGUCCAGGGUGGGAUUCGUUUCAACGCAGUGUGACAGUUUCCAGGAAAUCCGCACCGGAUUGUGUCCUGGAACUGGCAUUACCUCCAGAAUGGGCGGAGAACCCCCAAAUCAAGGUUCCGAAGCGCCACGAGGAGCGUUUUACGUGGAAACCGCCUCCGGAAGACCCUUUAUCACUGGAUGCUAACCCCUCCCCCCAAACAAAUAAAAAAAAGUAUCAAAUUGAAUAGAAAAUCGCUCGACUCCGCAAAACUCGUCAUUCGUCAGCGUUAAACAAUUUCGCCGUUCCGUUUUUCACUUUCAAUUGAAAAGAUUUUCCAAUUUGAGGUGCACAAAACAUCAUCCCUCAGCUGUCACGAAACGAGAAGAAAAUAGAACAAACCUGGCCAUCAAUCUUCCCACCAGCAUCAGCACUUUCCAUUCUUGUGUGUCCUCUUGUGUCGAAAUAAAAAAAACGUAGGAAAAACGCUAUAAACCUUCCGCUUCCCUCGGGGUGGAGGUGGUGGUGGCCACGAGAUUAAGGAUAUCAAUUUUACAGCUGAGCGCACGGGUUGAAAAACGUUGGAAAACGAUGACGACGACGACGGGUGGACUUCUUUUUUUUUUUCGAGUGUUUUGCCUCGUGCGGUUUGUCCCUUUUUGUGGCGGAAGAAGUCUUUGGGGUGUUGAGACAAGUGUCGUUCAAAUUUGGUGAAU